UGUUCAUCCUUUCUUAGGGGUUUUACCUGGGUUACUCUACCAUGGUCACCGCCUCAACUAUCUUUUCUUCUAUUUCAUUCCAUCACAUCAGAUUCUUCUUCUUAGUUAAACAUGAAAAUGGUCUCACCACUACCGCCCUACAGGCGAUCGCUCACAACGAACUCUGCCAACAUUUUGGUUUUCAGAAGCUUGUGGGUGCGUCGACUUGUGGAGAUGUUAUGAAGCUACAAAUUAAGGUUGAUGAAGAUAUCGGGAUGCUUAAAAAUGCUUGCUUCAACAUGUUUGGUUGUGGCUCUGCCAUCGCAUCUUCUUCUGUUGCUAUUGAAUGGGUGGAAGGAAAACAAAUGGAAGAAGUUUUGACCAUCAAGAACAACUAA